UUGAACUCACAUUGUAGCAGCUGCGACUAGCCUGCAGUGCUGCAUCCUAACCUGCACCACCAGGAAAGGCCCUAAAUGAGAAUAUUCUAAUAGAUGGCUCAAGACUUGUAGUGGUAGAGGACAUGAAUAGUGAGCAACAGUCAAUAAACCUAGGCAAUUCUGGUCCUUACUGAGCUUUGAGCUUAAUAAGGGAAAGAAAUUAAAAGAAAUGCCUGAACAUUAGAGCUGCAAACUGUGAUUGUUCCAUGAAGGAAAAGCACAGGUGCCUGGUGGAGAACAACCAGGCUUGCAGGAACUAAAAGGCGCAGGAUGGACCCGUCUGCCUGAGAGGACACGUCCUCUUCCCACUCAGGGGCCGCUACUGUGUGAGUCUCCUGGGGUCUGAAGCAACAACUGUCUUGACACAGAAAAUAAGGACUCAUGCUUUUGAGUCUGGCUCUUGGUUGACUUCUAAGCCUACCCACCUUUCUCCUUAUUUCACAGUCUUGUCUUUCUUACCUGGUGAAAUUUGCUUCAUCUAGAAUAAAAUCUCGAUUUUCAUAUUCCCCUUGAGGUUUGUAGGAACAUUACUGGUUCCUUCUCCCCCCUUUCUGUGAAGAGCUGACACUCCACCCGGGCAGUGGGGCUGUGGGGCUGGCUGAGGACAGGACUCCCACAGACGUGUGGGCCCAAAGCCAGGUGCCACCACCGUCUGCAUGAGACCUGGCACGUGUCACUCUCCUCCGAGCACUGUAGUGUCCUUACCUGCACAUGGGAAAGUUCUUACUCACUGGGGUCUUAAGAAGAUGAAGAGAUUACACCUAAAGAGCUCUGGACCAGCUACUAGUCUCCACACAGAUGUGUCAGUCCUUCUUUUCCAGAUUGGAAUUCACAUGAGCAUCUGUGUUUUCAUCCCAAGCUCUACACAGUGUGGAAACAGGCAGUUUUUCUAUUUCCCACCCCUAACUCAAAGAUACCACCUCACAAAUGCUUAACAACAAAGCAAAUGGCAUUCCAUAUAAUGGAAGGAGAGAGGAUGGUGACUUUAUACUUUACAGCUCAUUACUAAUCAUUCACUGAUCUCCCUUAGCUGUUCCCAUGUCUUACGCCUCUCAGCCUUUUGGCUACUUCUUUCUCUCCUUUUCUCCUUCUCCUCUAACUGCAGAGAAACUUAGAAAAGCACCAAAUCCUCUCACCAAAUUGUGUUAUUAAUCCCUUGAAGAACUCCCUUGCACUACACGCUGGCCCUCCACGAAUGCAGAUUCACAGGAAACUUCACCAGUUAUUCAUGCAUAAUGGUGUCUCUCAUGUAGAGAUUUCCACAAAGGAAAUAAUGAGGAAUGACUUUGUCAUAUUAUUUAUAGGUGUUUUUUCUGGUGACUAACAUUUGAAAUGUUAUUCCAUUAAACCCAAACUACAUUUAGGCUUCCAGUCAUUCAUUCAUUUUCUGAUUAAAUAUUUCUUGACUCCCCACACUGUCCCUCACACAGAGUCUGGCAAUAGACACUCUAUUGAAGAGUGUAAAAGCAGCUCCUGUCACCAUAAAGCUGACACUCUGGGCCAUCUCUAGCCUGACAAGACCAGCCAUAGUCACGUCUAUAAUAACAUGAGGUCAUAUCUAUGUUAUUCAUGGUCCUAAAUCAUAAUCUCCUUUCUCCCUAUUGGGUGGACAAUUAACAGCCCAUAGGUCAUGUCUAGAGCUUCUGACUUCAUGCCUCUAAGAGGAAACCUCAGUCUCAGAGUUGAAGAAAUGCUGAGCUCAGAGUCCAGCAGCCAUAUCGCAUAGUCCUACCCAGACUUUUCUCCUCUUGCCUUAGGGAACAUGGCAUGACCUAGGAUGGCGAGAGUAGACGUUUAGACCACAGAAGAAUCUCCUGUCAGCAGAAGGCAUUUGUUGUCGUGGAGAUAGUCCAGGCUUUAGAGUCAGCAUAAACUGGAUUUGAAUGAAGGUUACCACAUGCCAAGGCUACAUAGCCUUCAGGAAGUGUCUUAAUCUAGGCAAGACUCCAUUACCCUCCCUUGUAAUAGGGACAGCUGUUUCCACCCUCAGAGUGGCCCUGAGAUCAGUGGUCAGGCAGCAAGUGAUCGAGUCUUGUCUGUGUUCCUAGGGCUACAAGGGGAGCGUUUCUGAACAUGGAUACAACUGUCUCCGCCUGGGAUACCGCACUGACACCAUUAAAUGCAAGUCACCAGGCCCUUCCUGAAGCUAUGGAUACAGUGGCCCUGGUCCUGGUUUUUCUGGAUUUCAUCAUUACUCUGGUUGGGCUGGCAGGAAACACUGUUGUGCUUUGGCUCCUGGGCUUCAGCAUGCAGAAAAACGCCUUCUCCAUCUACGUCCUCAACCUGGCAGGUGCCGACAUCCUCCUUCUCUCCUUAGCGAUUAUAGAGAUCCUGAAAGAAAUCAUAGAGUACGUUCAGGACAUCAAAAUUGCCAUUCCUGAUGUUUUGAUUACAGCAUCAAACUUCAGCUACAUUGCAGGCCUGGGUAUUCUCAGCGCCAUCAGCACCGAGCGCUGCCUGUCUGUCCUGUGCCCCAUCUGGCACCGCUGCCACCGCCCCAGACACACGUCAGCUGUUGUGUGUGCCCUGAUCUGGGCCCUGUCCCUGCUGCUGAGCACCCUGGAAGGGAAGUUCUGUGCCUUGCUAUUUGGAGAUUUUGAUGAUGUGUGGUGCAAAGUAUUUGAUUUUAUUACUGCGGCAUGGCUGAUUUUCUUAUUUGUGAUUCUCUCGGGGUCCAGCCUGGCCCUGGUGUCCAGGUUGUUCUGUGGCUCCCAGCGGGUCCAGCUGACUAGACUGUACAUGACCAUCAUCCUCACAGUGCUGGUCUUCCUCCUCUGCGGCCUGCCCUUUGGCAUUUACUAUUUCCUCAUAAUCUGGAUUAGUGUGUACUCCAGACACUUCUAUAUGGUUGCCCUUUUCCUGACCUCUGUCAACAGCUGCGCCAACCCCUUCAUUUACUUCUUCAUCGGCAUCUUUAGGCAUCGAAGGCAAUGGCAGCGGCAGACAUUCAAAUUGAUUCUCAAGAGGGCUUUCCAGGACAUUCCCGAGGUAGAUGAAAAUGAAGGUAGCUUUCCCCAGGAGACCCUAGAGAUGUCAGGAGUCAGUCAGCUGUCCUCCUGA